UGACGUACCCCGAGGUGCUCCAGUGUGUCAAUGUCACGCUGUUCUCGCCGGCCGAGUGUCGCCGUUUCUACCCCGGCUCCAUCACCGACAACAUGAUCUGCGCCGGACACCUGCAGGGGGGACAGGACUCGUGCCAGGGCGACUCCGGCGGGCCCCUGGUGUGCGAGGGCACCUUGCAGGGCAUCGUCUCGUGGGGCAUGGAGCGCUGCGGGCAGCCGCGGCGCCCGGGCGUCUACACCAAGGUGUGCCGCUACGCCCGCUGGAUCCGCGACACCAUGGAGGACACCUGAGGAGGCAUCUCACGGGGUUCCCGCGGUGGCACCUCGCGUGGCGUCUGAGGUGGUGGCACCUGAGGAGGCAUCUGAGAGGGUUCCCAGGGUGGCACCUG